CUGGGUGGCCGCCUCGCUGCGACCAAGCUCCGAGCCGCCUGCGCCGGCACCACUCGCCACCAGGUUCGCUGACCCCGUCUCCGCGGGUGCUCCUCUGGAAACUACUCUGGCGUCUCUCUCGAGAGAAGUGAACGUUCUCCACCGGCAGCAGGAGCUCAUCUGUGAUCGUGUGCUCACACCUGUUCUCGCCGGAAACGCGCAGCGGCCGGUGUGAAAGUGCUCGAGUUUCAAGUGGUAACCAGCCAGUGAAACUGUGCUAAUCGGAAAAGGCCAGUGUCGGUUCGGCCAGACAGUCUCUCGUUUGUGGAAUGUCUGUAGGCAAAGUGUGCUCCUGACAUUGAGCAGUUUCCUCCUCUCAACAGUGCGCAGAAACGCAAAAGAUCUUUACAAUGGAAGAAGUAGCGGCUAGAUCCAACAGCAUCCCUCCACCGCUGCCACCCAAGACGCGCAACAGGACACAGCAACUGUCCAACUCGUCCAACAGCAGCAGCAGCAGCGGCGAGAUCCUCACCACGUUCACUUUCCCCGAAAUGCGCAGCGUGAACCUGGUCUCCACCGCCCAGCAGCAGCAACAGCAACAGAUACAAGAGCAACAGCAACCGCAGGGGCACGUCGUCAAAAUACGCAUCAAUCCGGAGCAGGAGUCUGUGGACUACACGCCCACAGACGGCUGCAUAAGGAUCAGUGUCAACGGGACCAGCUCGCACCACCACCACGAGACAGUCAUAGACACAUCGGUCGGCGGCGGCGACGACGCGAUACUGCGCCGCAGCUCCGGCGAGAAAUCGUCCGCGACAGUGGUGACUACGUCGACGCCCGACCGCGGGCCCGGGGCGCCGUACUACUUUUACAACUCGUUCCCGUCGGCCAGCAUGGUGAUAUCGAGCGGCCAGUCUUCUCCCAGCGACACGCUGGACAGCGGCACCUGCAGCGACCUGGACGGCAGCACGCCGCCGCCGCUCCCUAAGAAGACCUCCGGAUCGUCGCCGCCACCGCCGAGACCGGUCGCCGCCGUCGUCAAUACUUCCGCAGCUCCGGGCGGCUCCACCCUGGUCGGCAACACAGUUACCGUCACGGUCAACGGAGGUAUCAGCGCCAGCACUUCUGCGCUCACCGCCUUCCACCAGCGCAACGGCAGCCUCACCAGCAGCGGCGCCGAGGUGGACUCUGAGGACGAGGAAGUGGACGACGACCGCAUCAGCUGCGACUCACUCAACAGCCGCGAGUUGUCGUCACUCUCCGUCAUCUCCACGAGCGCCACCAACGAUAGCGGCAUUGUGCUCUCGCUGGGGGCUUCCGUCGAUAAGAUAACAGUGAACGCGCAGGAUUGCAGCCCGUCUCUGACAGAUAGCGGCAUCGAACGCGACGCGCCUCCGCCACCAGUCGCCGGCAUGCCCGUGUCCACGUCGCCGCCGCCUCCACCGCCGCCUCCAGUGGCAGAGGUCUCUCCGGCCACUCCGACGCCCCCUGCCAAGAGGCAGCGUCCGGAAGGUGGCUGCAUCUUGCCACAGAGCUUGCUCAACGAUAUCCGCGAGCGCUCUGCCAAGCUGAACAGCGUGACCAACGGCAGCAGCCAUGGCAGUGGCUCUCUCAAGAAAAAGGUCACCAGGACCUGGAAGGACGCGACGCCAGCCUCUUCGCCCUCCACCGAGGAGGAAAAGGCGGCGGUACAGCCGAAGCUCAAGCCGCUCAGCAUCGUCCCGAUCUACGACGACUCGACGCCAGUGAAGAAGCCGGCACUGGGAGCCACGCCAGAGGCUGAGGAAUCCGAGACCGACGGGACACCCCAACAAGUGGUACAACCUCAGCAGCAGCCGCCUCCGCCAGUGCCGAAGAAGCCGACGCCGAGUCACGCCCAACAGAAUGGCGUCGACCAGAAGGCAGCACCCCUUACGAAGAAUGUGGUGAUAGUGGAACGUAAUUCGCCAACAUCGGAUAAGAAGAUAAACUGCGUGGUCCAGGAACGCACGUACGAAGACCGCAAGAAAGAGUGGAAAGAGAAGCAGCAGCAGCUGGCCCGUCAACAACAGCUCGCGGCAAUUCGCGGGUCCUUCAAAUACGAGGCUGACCGGUUCUACAAUUUCCACCUGAACGAGCACGCGCCCGACGACAGUGUCAUCGUCCCCACGUCGCCCACUACGCCAACGGGCAGACGCGACUCCAUCAGCUCCAACUGCUCCUCCGUCCUGUUGCAAGACGACGGCCUGCCCGACGCCGAAGAGACGUUCGCCGGCCUGAAGAACAUCAGCGCCUCGUCGACCAUUCGCAGCGCAAAGGGCACGGUGCGUGGAGUGAAGAACCGCGUGCGCGCCGGCAUCGCCACCUUCCUCCAGAUACAAGACACCAAGAACUACAAGGAGAAAGAGGCCGGCAAGGUGGUGGUGUACACGACGACGAUGGGCGUGGUGCGCGAGACGUACCAGGCGUGCCUCAAGGUGCGCAACAUCCUGCGCACGCUGCUGGUGCGCUGCGAGGAGCGCGACGUCUUCAUGAGCCGCGAGGUGCAGACCGAGCUGCGGGAGCGCAUGCGCUGCGCCAGCGUCGUCGUGCCGCAGGUCUUCGUCGACGGCCAGCACCUGGGGGACGCCGAGACGAUCGAGAGGCUGAACGAGAGCGGGGAGCUGCGCAGAAUAAUGAAGCCGUUCAAGGACCCCACAGUAUGCCAUACGUGCCAGGUGUGCGGCGGCUUCCGGCUGCUGCCCUGCUCCGUCUGCAACGGCUCCAAGAAGUCGAUGCACCGCAACCACUUCACCUCCGAGUUCGUCGCGCUGAAGUGCAUGCACUGUGACGAGGUGGGCCUGGUGCGCUGCUACGCCUGCUCGUAAGCAGCGGCCCAACAAGACCACAGGCGUUCACGAGCGAGGGACUGGAACGCAUCGACCACCUGACACGUGGGUGCAUUCUACACGUGCUGCCCGAUAUCGACUAACUGCGCGACGGGACACACUUCCACGGAGUCAUCCAUAGGGGCCAUCGCUCCCAACACCUACUGCUUGUUGCUGUGCGGAAUUAUCUCUGUUCUGGAUCUGGAACCGUUGUUUCGGUCCCUCAAAGGCGGAGGUGUGCGUCGUACACGACUGGUUGUAAUACCUACCGCUUACUUCCAGAUGACUGGGUAAAUGCCCCACUUGCGAAGAGUUUCUGCCUCACGACUGAAUUUUUCUACUGCUGAGUCCCAUCAGAGAAUAACCGAGAACUCA